AUGUCUGGAAGCUUCUACUUUCCAAUUGUUGGCCAUCAUGAUAAUCCAGGUUUUGAAAUAGAAUUUUUACCAGCUGAAAAAGUAGAAUCUAAGCAUGAUCAUCAUCAUUUCAACCAGUCCAUAGCUCAUGCAGCCCUUGGCCUAGUAGAUGCAAAUAGGUGGCUGUGUAAUAAUAUGCACCUGAAAACUGUGGACAAAUUCAAUGAGUGGUUUGUUUCUGUUCUUGCUACUGCAGACCAUGUGAAAUUUAUUACACUUCAUGACGUAAGACAAGAUCACGGAAUAAAGAACCUCUUUAGUGAUGUCUAUGAGUUAUAUAUAAAGUUAGCAAUGAAUCUAUUUUAUAAACCAUAUUCACCCAUUGGAUCAAGCACAUUUGACAUAAAAGUUCAAUUUCUUGGGAAGAAACACCUUCUAAGCUGA